AUGGCAGACAUCGCCGAGAGCCGACUCCAGUUCGCCCUCAACCAAGGCUUUGCCACUGUGGUGUCGCUUAUGUCUCUAAGUCAAGGACAGACUCUUGAGGACGGCCUGGGCUUUGCGAGAGAAUCCGCGGCUGAGUUCUGUAAAGUGGGACAACAGACUGGGGUCGAGACGACUCAGAAAUUUGAAGGCACACUUGAAUGCACAGGCGUCGAGGCCAGUGCGCAAGCAGUACGUGCCACUCGAGCGGCUAGCAAGGCGAAUCUCGUUGACAUGGGCCUGCCAGUCCAGACGUUACCCGUCGCAGCAGCAAUACACGGUGAAAUUAAUCUGGUUGGCAUUUGUCGAUAUGCGAACGCUAUCCCGCGAACAUCGAUAUCAUUCGCAAGGCAGGUCAGGUUGGAACGGGAAUACAAGAUCUAUCAAGCAUCAUCACACACCGAUUGA